AUGUUGCACAAGUCCUAUUUGGACGCAUGUGCUCGUGAGUCGCGUUGGGUGGACGAAACCCCAUACGAAUGGGGCGGGCCCGGAACCGAGCCAUUACUGAUGCAACUCAGCCCCGCCAUCUCAACUCGUGGUGGGCCCCAACAACAACAGCAACAAAAACAGCAAGCUGCACAAAUUCGUGAUCUAGCCCGAUCCGCACGUCGUUGGCGCUUGGCCGGAGGUCAUGCAUUCCAAAAUUGGCGCGUGAUUUUCGGCCCCGGAUGUGACAAAGAAACUAGUUUUCGUCGUGUUAUCGAAUCUGGUGGUGGUCAGGUACGUGCUUGUCUAUUUGUCUAUCCAUCUCUGACUGUUUGGUUGUUUCUGCACAUCUACGCACUGUCCUUGUAG